UUGUCGUUUGCAUCAUUCACGAUACCAGCUGAUUCUCUGACAGUCGCUCAUCUACUUGCGAGCAGAUCGACACAACGCGUCGUCUAUGUCAGUCCGGUUUCGUGGUUAAAACGUGGUGUGAAAUCACUCGUUACACAUUUCCAAUUUUAUCUUACUAAAUUUAUCGAAAGUAUCGAUACCAUAUUUACCAGCGGCAAAAUUUAUCUGAUAAAUGAAAAGUUUCUUAUAAAUUCUCGAUAUUCUAUCGGUUGCCCGCGCUUUCGAUCUGUGUACCUCGACGAAUCAUUACGAUUGAAAAUUGUCGCAAAACCACAUGCUUUUACGCGAGCAAAUUAAUAGUUCAAGCACACCAAGUGUCCUCGAUUAAAUAAUCAGUCCCGCGAGAUUCAAGUUUUCCUCUGGCUAGUCGAAUCAAAUGUUUUGCUGGAGGCAAUCGAAGAGAACUGUUCGGAAAAAGGGGAAAGGUAAGGCGUUGGAAAAUCGAAUCGUGUCGAAGUGAGAUGAAAUUGAACAUCGCAGAAGAUGCGCCGAUGACAGAAACUACCUAUUUAAACACGACGAACCGACACUGAAGAGACGUUCGAACAGCAAUUAUUAUUACAUCUGUCAGUGCUCUAACAGGAUUACGAAAGAGAAGUAAAAAUGGGCAAGUGCUGUUCGUGUUUCUCAAGAUUCCGAACAGUGUUUAGACCUGAAACUGUUACGGACAGUCCUCUGAAGCCGUUAUGCACCAAACCAGAGUGCCUUCCGCGGCCACCUGCUGCACGUACUUCCGGGGAGGAUUUUGGUGUGCCAGUUCUGACGAUUCUAGACGUGGACCCGUGUAUCGCGGAAAAUGGAGAGAACCAUAGAACAUCGAGAUACGACCUGACGACUCGACAGGACGAUAAAUCGAGGCUGGUCGUUAGACGGGGGCAGGAAUUCUACUUGCACUUGACUUUGUCGAGAGAUUACGAGCCAAGCAUCGACGGUAUGUCGAUAGUUUUCACGCUCGAUGGAGUCGAGAGGCCGCAAUACGGUCACGGUACCCUCGUUGCGACGCCUGUUCUUUACCCGGGCGAACCGCCCGAAGGUUCCUGGCAAGCCACCAUCGACGCCAUUCAGCCCAAUUUCAUGCGAUUGAAGAUCGUUCCAGCCCCUAACGCGAUGAUAGGCAAAUGGAAUAUGGACGUCGAUACCAAGAACAAGAAUUUGGACGGAGCCGUUAGCUACACGAUGAAACAUCCGUUUUAUCUGAUCUUCAAUCCCUGGUGCGAAGGGGACACGGUGUACAUGGAGGACGAAGAUCAGCGGCAGGAGUACGUGAUGGCGGAGGACGGUUUGAUAUGGCGUGGAAGUUACAAUCGGCUGCGACCAACGGUUUGGAAGUAUUCGCAAUUCGAGCGAGAUAUAUUAGACUGCGCUCUCCAUCUGAUGAUUCAAGUUGGAAAGGUUCGAAUCAACGGUAGAAACGAUCCCGUUGUCAUAUCUCGAAUUUUGUCCGCGGCUGUAAACUCGCCGGACGACAACGGAGCUGUGAUGGGUAAUUGGUCGGACGAUUUCGGCGGUGGUACGCCGCCAACAAAAUGGCUGGGCUCGCAGAAGAUCCUUCAGCAAUACUACAAGACGAAGAAACCGGUCAAGUAUGGCCAAUGCUGGGUGUUUUCCGGCGUAUUGGCCACCGUUUGCCGCACUUUGGGGCUUCCUUGCCGCGUCGUGACCAAUUAUUCCAGCGCUCACGACACUCAGAGCAGCUUAACCGUCGAUUAUUUCGUCGACGCGGAAGGGAAAGUGAUGGAGGAGCUUAACAGCGACUCGAUAUGGAAUUUCCACGUGUGGGACGAGGUUUGGAUGAAGAGAAUGGACUUGUCGCCGGAUGAUUCCGGCUGGCAAGCUAUCGACGCCACUCCUCAAGAAUUGAGCGAAGACGCGUAUCGUUGCGGUCCAGCGUCUGUGGCUGCUGUGAAAAGAGGCGAGGUCCUGCGACCUUACGACAACGGUUUCCUCUUCGCCGAGGUGAACGCGGACAAGGUGUUCUGGCGGUACAACGGACCGACUCAACCUUUGAAAUUGAUUCGAAAGGACGUGUACGGCAUAGGGCAAUUCAUCAGCACUAAGGCGGUCGGCAGAUGGGCGAGAGAAGACAUCACUCAUAUGUACAAGUAUCCAGAAAAAUCGGACGAAGAACGAGCUGCCAUGUUAAAAGCACUGCGUCAAAGUCAGUCGUCGUUCAGCCGUUACUACCUCAACGAAGAGUUUAACGAUAUCAUGUUCAAUUUCGAGCUCCGCGACGAUAUCGUAAUCGGGCAACCCUUCAGCGUGGUGUUGUUGAUUAAAAAUAGAAGCAGCUUCAACGAGUACCGAGUCUCGGUGAUUUUAAGGGUGGAAACAGUUUUGUACACCGGUCGGGUUGGCGACCCGGUGAAAAGAUUGAACGUCGAUCGUCUGGUGAGACCGGGCGUGUUGGAGGAAGCACGUAUGGACGUUUCCUGGGAGGAAUACGGACCACGAUUGUUGAAUCAAUGCGCGUUCAACAUCGCCUGCCUGGCCACCGUCAAAGACACCAAUUACGAAUACUUCGCGCAGGACGAUUUUCGCGUGAGAAAACCCGACGUUAAAAUCACGCUGGUGAACGCACCGGUAGUCGGCGAGACGCUGAACGCAACCGGCAAAUUUAAGAAUCCACUACCCAUUCCGCUGAGAAAGUGCAGAUUCCUGAUCGAGGGUCCUGGACUGAAGGAGCAAUUGAAGCUGAAGCUGUCGGAAGAUGUAGAAGUUGACGCGGACGCCGAGUGUUCUUUCUCCAUGGUACCGAAAUUCGAAGGCCGCGCCACGAUCGUCGCGAAGUUCUACUCGAAGGAGCUCGAGGACGUGGACGGUUUCGUUAAUUUCAUGGUGAAACCAGCGAAGGUUGUCACAAACGGCGAAUAACGAAAGUUGCACAGAUACGUGCGCGUGGGUCUUCCAGAAAGCUUAAGUUUUUCAUACUUACGAGAGUUGUGUCUUUUUUUAUACAUAUAAUAAAAAUGU